CCUGCUUCCUCUGCACUGACUGUACAGAGAGAGAGAAGCGGUCGAGUCACAUGCACUAAAAGAAGGUGUGAGUGAAUGGAAGAAUUGAUCGUUGUGUUUAUCUGCAUUCCAAUUGAAAUCAACUUUAACUAGGCCUAGAUUGAGAAUUUAUUGAAGAUGGAUGACGACUUUCCAGAUAAAAUUCAAACAACUACGACAACUACUGCUCAUCAUACCACCAACCAAGGGGGAAGUGGUGGUGGCGGCGGCGGCGGUGGUAUCACGGUUGACAAGGCAUAUCUGCGCUCGCUACCUGCUAUUCUACACAUUGUACAGAUAGUGCUUUCCUUCUUAUAUUGGGUGAUUCUGUGCGCUGUCGUGUAUUUUAAUGUUGGGUUCAUGAUCACAGUUGGACUUACUGCAAUGAUUGAGACAGCAAUUUACUUUGUUGUUUUUCUGCUACACCUCAAUGAGAAAGUUCAGUUCAUCGCAUGGGAAUUGUCGGAGUUUAUUCUGAACUGUGUGGUAACAGGACUUUACCUGGUUUCUGCUAUCAUAACUUCUGUAAAAGCUGGACAAUCCAAGUAUUAUUCUGACCAUGGGAAGCUUGUAUUUUGCACUCUUCUGGCGUGGGCAUUGACUUUGUUGUAUGCAGCAAGUAUCUUCUUUAGUUUCCGUGCAUUCAUGGCACACCGGGACAGACGUUCAGCAGGCAGGCCUGCAACCCUAACUACGACUACUACUACUACACAACAGACCACAACCGUGGUUACUGAUGGUUCCCAAGUGUUUGUACCAGCCCAAGACCCGUACGCACCUCCUGCGUAUUCUCCUUAUUAAACCAGCUUGGUUUAGUGGUUGAGCACAGUAUCUUUCUGUAGAGUACAAAACAUGCACGUUCUUGUGACAGCCCUCCCCCUCAAAAGGUACACAAUAUAUAACGAUUGUCGAUUUUAAGAUCAUCUAUUUUUUUCUUUUUUUUUAACAAGUGUACACUCACUCACUGUCACACCAGCAUAUGUUUUGUAUUCAUAUAAAAGUUAUGAUUAAUAUCCAUAACAAUUAGACUUGAUUAAAAAUUCUUGCUUUUUUUUAAAUAAAGAAAGCAAUACUUAAAAAUAUACUGUAUAUAUAAUGGACUUUUUUGGUUUCCAGGGUAUUUUGAUACAUUAGUGAUUAGUGAUUAUUCUUUGUGGCUAUUACCCAUAUUUAUGUGCCCAUAGAUAUAUAAACAGCUGUGUUACAUUGAUAUGGAGGCUUAGACAGGAGGUUCUGACAAUUUGUGGCAAAGGUCUGCAUUAUAAUUUGAGUAUGAAAUCCCUUUAUUUUUGCUACCAGAAAUUUAAUUUGUAAUAUUUGAAUAUUGAAAUAUCAUUUUAAUUACAAGAAUGUUUAUUGUUUGAAAUUACUUAGAAGAAUGAUAUAUUCUCUUAUCUGUUUUAUAUCAAUUCCAUUUGUAAGUUUUAAUUGGUCACUAGGAUACUACUGUAUUACUGGUGUAUUAUUUCCAUUAUUAUUUGUUAAUGAUUCUGAAAAGUUUUUGGAAAAAAAAUAAUAUUGAAAUUUGGGUCUAUCCAUGAUUAAUCCAGAAGACCCACAAAUCUCAUCAAAGAUUCUGUUCAAUUCUCAGGGUUUAUUGUAAUUUUGGCUUUCAUUUGUUGAUUGUAUUGCAAAGAGUACAAAUAGGCCAAGAGAGCCAACUACGAGCGUAAAAAUUGAUAUGCAAUACACAACCAGUGUAGAAUGCCCGCUGUCGUUUGUAGAAAUUGUACUUUAUUACCAAGUACUGCACCGCACAGGAUGAUAUGACGAUAAAGAAAAAUAAGAAUAUUUACUGUUCUCUCUAUAAAAGUAUUGUGUCGUCUAGAAAACAGAUACACAAACAAACCGUGUGCAGUGCAGUCUGGGUAAUAAAGUUCCAGGGGCGGAUUUAGGGUGGCCCAGGCCCCCCCUUUUGGGAGGUAAAAAUAAGGGGGAAAAGAAAGAAAAAGAAAAAAAAUGAUAAUCCAGAAUGCCUCAAAUGUUAUUUUCGGGCAUCUAGAACACAAAAAUUUUAUGGGGGAAUGUCCUUGGACCCCCUAGGGCAGUGUCUUGAUCGGCCCAACUUUCGGCCCCCCCCCCCAUUUUGACAUCGCUGGAUUCGCCCCGAAGUUCAGUUGAACUUGCCCUAGUCAAAUCCAAAAUGCCAUUGAAAAAUUCUUUGACUUAGAUAAAAUUUGACUUACAAAUUGUUAAUUAAUGGAGAAGACAACAAUUUGGCAUGUAAAAUCAGAUCGACCUGGAAAUUAUUCGAGUUAACUGUACCUUUAAAUGACAUCAGGCAUCCUACACAAGGCAAUGACGUAUUUACAAACUGGAGUACGCUCUCAUUGUUUUAUUUAUACUCUUUUGUAGUAGCUAGCAAUUAAACCUAAACAAAAUACUCAUCAAGUUUCUUAGAUUCUGAAUUUAAAUUCAGUUAUGAGUAGCUUUAGUAGCAACAGUUAAGACUCAUUUCAAAUGCUUCUGUUGUUUUAAAUUUUAUUUGAAACAAUUACCAAUAUAUAGAGUUGCUGUGUUUUAUCUUUUGACAUCAUUUUAACUGUUAAUAUAUAAUAUUAUUAUCUUUAUUAUUAUUAUUAUUAUUAUUAUUAUUAUUAUUAUUAUUAUUAUUAUUAUUAUUAUUAUUAUUAUUAUGUAUGGUAGUAUUGUAUAAUGUUUUUUAUUUGUUCAUUAAAGUUAGUUUCAUUUAUAUAGAAACCUUAUGAUAUUAUAAUACUGAUUUGUUAUUUUUUUUUUUGCUACUAUAAAAUAGUAUUAGAUCAGGUUAAUUAUAAUAUGUCAAUGCUAUAUAUAAUGAUAUUAUAGUGGUGUUACUGUAUUUAUGCGAGAGCCUUACAGUAUUAUUUACUACAGAUACUAGAUAGAUUAUAAAAUUUCACAUGGCACUAAUUAAUAUUAGUGCCAUUUAUACACAUAUGCUUAAAUAUUGAUUUAUUCAUUUGAAAACAAUUAGUUUCCUUAAAGAUGCACUGUCUUAAGAAAAAAAAACAAAAAAAAAACAUAACAUAAUAAUUGAAUAGGUUAUUAAAAUGAGUUAUGAACUCAUUAAAAUGAGCUAUUAACUUUCUUCAACCAAAACAGACACUUAAAAUAUAUAAAUUAGGCAAUAUUUAAAAAACCUUUAAAAUUAUCAGUGUUUUAAGCAAUCUUCAUAUUUAAUAAAACACAUGGUAAAUAAUAUUA